UCCAGAGCAGCCAUCAGGACUUCUCCUUCGGGCCCUGGAAGCUGACGGCGGCCAAGACCCACAUCAUGAAGUCGGCCGAUGUGGAGAAUAGGCCAUGCCGCAUCUUCCGGCUAGAAAGCCGCAGGGACCAGGAAAUGAGAGGAGGCGCUUUACCAUCCUGUGCUAAUGUGUAGACACGAAUACAGUAACCUGUCAAACUUCACUGACUACUAAUACAGUUGGCAUGUGGACAAGAAACAGUUCACCAGAAAUAGGCUAGCUGAUGAACUGCAUAUGCCUUCCCUCCCCGAAAUGAUGUUUGGCGACAACGUCUUAAGAAUCCAGCACGGUUCCGGCUUUGGGAUUGAGUUCAACGCCACCGACGCUCUGAGAUGUGUUAACAACUACCAAGGAAUGCUGAAAGUGGCCUGUGCCGAAGAAUGGCAAGAGAGCAGGGCGGAGGGUGAACACUCUAAGGAGGUGGUGAAGCCAUAUGACUGGACCUAUACAACAGACUAUAAAGGAACGUUACUGGGCGAGACCGUGAAGUUGAAGGUUGUGCCUACAACCGACCACAUAGACACGGAGAAAUUGAAAGCCAGGGAACAGAUCCGGUUCUUUGAGGAAGUCCUGCUCUUUGAGGAUGAACUUCACGACCACGGCGUCUCAAGCUUGAGUGUGAAAAUUAGAGUCAUGCCCUCCAGCUUCUUCCUGUUGUUAAGAUUUUUCCUGAGGGUGGACGGUGUGCUCAUAAGGAUGAAUGACACCAGGCUUUACCAUGAGGCCGACAAGUCCUUCAUGCUACGAGAGUACACCUCAAGAGAGAGCAAAAUCGUCAACCUAACGCACGUCCCCCCGUCCCUCUUCACGGAGCCCAACGAGAUAUCCCAGUAUCUGCCCAUCACGGAGGCCAUGUGCGAAAAGCUGGAAUUCCCCGAGAGGAUCGAGGCUCCGCCGGCAGAGACGCCAGCCGGCUUGAGCCCCGCGUCCAAUUAAAAAAACACGUUCCCCGGUGACCUCGCAGCAGAACCUGCCACCCCCUCCCACCCCCCACCCCUCCAUUCCCCCCUGGUUCUGCUCUCCAGGGUUUUCAACCCCCACUCCCCACAACGGUUUCUCUCCUGGAAAGAGCCAGGCGCCCUUGCCCGUGGUCGGGUUCGCGGCGGUCUCCAGGGAAGGAAAAACCCGCAGACCUCACCACUGGUUCCACCCGGCUGCUGUUUCGCCCCGUCCGUCCCCGAGGCCACGUCGAGGGAGAUGGAUUGGGUGGACCGGGACUGGCCAGUGCCACCAAGUUGAAUCUCGGCGGCCGACAGUCGUGACGGGAGGGACCCGUGUCCAUCGAGAAGUCCCGCCUCCCUCCUGCCCCCCCCCAUGAAUGCGGUCUUCCCAAAUGCGGUUUCUCUUUGCACACCUCCGUAAUGUUCCCGGAUCGUGAACGCCGGGAAGACCCACCACUCCGGCAGUUGGUUAAUCCACCCUCUUGGAUCGCCUUCCGGAAAAAAACCUUUCCGAUCGCUCCUCCUUUUAAGCCAACCCAUUGACAGGGUUUUGAGAUAAGGCCGGCAGAAGCGGAACAGAAAAAUCGGGUUCAAACUGAGGAGGGGGGUUCAAGUGAGCACAUCCCUGGAUCUGUGGUGAGGGGUGGAAGGAGUUUUUUAUUUUGAAUCUCCAGUCCACUGUUAAGUCAUCCUCUCCUCCCCCUUCAACAGUUUUAGGGAACCGACUCGCUGAUCUUGUAUUGCCAUUUUCCAUGGGAGCGUCAUUCUGAAUUAAAAAGCAGAACGAAACUGAAGUUAGCAUCAGUAUUUAAAAGUGGAAUGAUACCAUUAACAUUUAAAAGGACACCUCAGUUUUGUCAACUCUAAAGUAAGAUCUGUUUUUUGCCGGCAGAGGGAAAAAAUAAAAGGUGGGGGGUUUUGUUGGUUUUUUUUUUAAACUAGUUUUUUGUAUUUGAAACACUCAGGUCCUAGUUCUGCAUGGCAGGUGGGGCAAUGAAAUGGAAUUAACAGAUGAGAUCCAGGAAAUAAAAUCGAGCUGGAUAGUUUUGGGGGGGGUGGACACACAAAAACCACAGAUAGUAAAAAGAUUGAGCAAAAAAGCUAUGAAAAUAGUUUUUUUGGCAUUUUCUACACGUUUAUCCCAUUCUGCAUGUUCUGCAAAGAGGGCAGCAUCUGUUUUAUUUGUUGAAACGUUUAUUUUUGGUUACUUAAUUUUUAAGCAAAAAAAAAAUGUCUGUUCUACAGGGCUGUUUGUCAGCCGUCUCUUCUACUGAAAAUUGGAUCCUCUUAUGAGGAUCCAAAGCUUAACCCAGCUUUGAAUUCAGUUGGUCACUCUUGGGUAGAGAAAGGAUUAAUUGGGAGACAUCGCUGGCUCUCAUCUUGGCAGAAAUGGCUUACUUGCAGGGAAGCGCAAGAAAAUGUAAAAUGGCAUCCUGGAUUCACAGUCAAGGCUCAGUAGAUUGUUGCAAACAAAGUGUACCGUUCGAGCCAGCUUUCCAGCCAAGUUCAUUGACAAAAUCCCCAAGGACUACUUUUCCACACUGCCGCCUCACUCCCAAGGCGUCCGAGCGUUCCCGAGAAUGCGCUGCAUGUUUACCUUACAUCACGUAUGUGAAUCGAGGUGGAAGUUUCCUCUCAAAAGAUCGGGGUCGGGGAUUACGCUAGGCCGUUGAAGGAGAACCCAUCACGGUUUUGAAUGGAACAGACUCCCACGGGGAAAAAUCAGCUACGACAUCCAGAAAGCAAGACUCUUCCAUGUCAGGACUUGCUGGCUCCCUGUCAUCUUACAGCUCUCACAUCAGCUGAAUCCUAAACUUUCCUAGCACAAGCUGCCCGAUAAAAAUGGCAGAGAAAGAGUCGAACACAGGUUGGGGGGAGAUGCGCUCGGCAGUCCUCUGAAGUGAUUUAGGAAACUUGUCUUUGUCCAUCACUAAAGAAAGUGAAUGAUCACAUUUUAUAUUUAUUUGUUCCGAAUGUCUUUUUUGUAAGUGAAAACUUCCCAUGGGAAAAAUAAACACAACGAGGAAUGAC